GCGAAGCUUAUUUCCUCCAUCUCCAUAUGACGGGGACCUACUUUCGUCUUUUUCCCCGCCAAGGCAUUCUUUUUCUUACAAGCCGCAUUGACGCCGGUGUUUGCUAAGCUCCGUCUGCGUACUUCGUACACAUUAUAGUAGUCAGCUGCGAGGCGAACUGACUGCGCCUCCCUAAUCACGAUGGCUGUUGUCAGCAACGCCGACGCUUAUUGGGUUAGGGGGUUAGGAGGUAAGAUGCGUACAUGUAAGGAUGAAACCAGCCUCAACUUAAUACAACCUAGGCAAGUAUACCCUUAGGUAUAUAACUUAGGUACCUAUGUAAGGUCUGCUUACUUAUAAAUAAGCUUUAUCAACUUUCAUUGUUUUCGGUCAACUUAUUACAUUUUCUUCUUUUCCUCUCUUCCUCUUUUCCUACCAUAGACAUCCAACAAUCUAUACUUCCUCUCAUAUCCCUAAAGGCUAUAUUAUUCAUAACUAGCGUAUAAAGAUCGCUUUAGAAUUUCUACUUCCAACUCAUAUUUCUCCAUUCCUAAGAAGAAAAGAAAAGAAAAAAAAAAACACUUUCGACAUCGCGAACAUCGCCGUCGAUAUCUAUCAACAUGUCAGCAGCAGACUACUAUGGUAACAGUGGAGGUGGUUAUCCCCCACCUCAACACCAACGGGGCUCGUCGCCUUAUCCCCCACAACCUCAAUACGCUCAGACGCCCUCGCAUUCCCCGUAUCCAUCUCAACCAAACUACGCAAACGGUGCCCCCUCCCCAGCGCCAUACCCCGCUCAGCCCACCUACGCCCAGUCGCCAGCCCCAUCGCAGAAGGGCUACCUUACUCCCUACCAACCACAAUCUCAGCACUCGCGACCCGGUACCGCCCAUUCGGAUGCUGGCUACGCACCGCCUCCGUACCCACAGAACGAUGAUCGUCAUCCGGGAUCACGCCCUCAUUCCGCGGAUCCGUACGCCCAGAAUGACCGCGACCCGAAUUACGACCAGGCGCAAGCUGGCGAGGACGGCGAGCGUGGUCUAGGCGCGACUCUCCUGGGAGGCGGAGCCGGCGGCUUUCUUGGCCACAAGCUCGGUAAAGGCAAGCUGGGCACCAUACUAGGUAGUGCCGUUGGUGCGGUGGCAGCCAAUUUAAUAGAGAACAAGCUGGAGAAGCGCCAUUCGAAUCAGGGCCAUGAUCAAGCUUAUGGACAGGGACAGGGACAGGGAUAUGGGUAUAGUCACGGACAUCAUGGGUCGUCGCAUCACGGGGGUUCUUACUACGGUGGCCACCAGGAACAACAUAGUCACGGCCACCACCAUGGCCAUCACACCCAUCACACCCAUCAUAAACAUCACAAGCAUCACGAGCAACAUAGCCAAGGCUGGUAGAUUAUCUAAUAAUUCGGUAGAAUGGUUAGAUUGCUACUGUGGACGCGAAGGCGGGUUCCUCCCACUUCCCUAACGAUUAGUUUGAUAUUAUAAACGGCGGCGUAUUGGUCGGUAUAAGUCGGUAUUAUUGGUAUUGGCUUCGGUAGUUUCCCGUUCCCCUCCAGAUUCUGGUAAAGAAACGAUGAGAUGAUGUUACGGUCCCUUAUGUGGUUACUACAAUAAGUAGAGGGCCGGUUGUAUGAGGAGUGCUUAUACCUACUACCUUUAUUACCCUCGUCGACGAGGGUACCUAUUCUUGACAGCCCCUAGUUGGCUGUCACUAGCUUUGAAUAUACCUUAGGUAGUUGCAUGAUUACCUAUAUUUUAUCUUUAA